AACCAGGGGCCCCCAGCUGGCCAGUAUUCCACAAGAUGCAGUGGGUGAAGGUGCUGGGGCUGGGCUUAGGGGGUGCUGCUCUCCUGGGGCUGGGGAUCAUCCUGGGUCACUUUGCCAUCCCCAAAGGGACUGACUCACCAGCCCCCAGCAUCUCAGCACCCCAGGACCUGGACCUGGAGAUCCUUAAGACCAUCAUGGGACAACUGGAGGCCAGCAGGAUCCGGGAGAACCUCAGAGAACUCUCUAGUGAGCCACACCUGGCCACCAGCCUCCGGGAUGAGGCACUGGUGCAGCUGCUGCUGCAGCGCUGGAGGGACCCAGUAUCAGGCUUGGAUGUGGCCGAGGCCUCUGAGUAUGAGGUGCUGCUGUCCUUCCCUAGCCAGGAGCAGCCCAACAUAGUGGAAGUCGUGGACCCCACGGGGAAUGUCCUCCACUCCUGCCUCCAGAACGAGGAGAACAUAACCGGGGAGCAGGCAGGGCCUGAUGUGGUGCCACCUUAUGCUGCCUAUGCUCCCCCUGGAACUCCACAGGGCCUCCUUGUCUAUGCCAACCGGGGCACAGAAGAAGACUUUAAGGAGCUACAGGCUCAGGGCAUCAGACUUGAAGGCACCAUUGCCCUGACUCGCUACGGGGGUGCGGGGCGAGGAGCCAAGGCCGUGAAUGCUGCCAAGUACGGGGUAGCCGGGGUGCUGGUGUACACGGACCCUGCCGACAUCAAUGAUGGGCAAAGCUUACCCAAUGAGACCUUCCCAAACUCCUGGCGCCUGCCUCCCUCGGGGGUGGAGCGAGGGUCCUAUUUCGAGUAUUUUGGGGACCCCUUGACUCCCUACCUUCCAGCCCACCAUUCUUCCUUCCGUCUGGAUCUUGUCAAUGUCUCUGGAUUUCCCCCAAUCCCUGCACAGCCCAUUGGCUUCCAAGACGCAAAAUACCUGCUCUGUAACCUCGAUGGGCCCUCAGCCCCUGCCGCCUGGCAGGGAGCACUGGGCUGUGACUACAAGUUGGGGCCUGGCUUCCUACCUAAUGGUAACUUAACAGACAGCCAGGUGAGGGUGAGUGUCCACAAUCAGCUGGAGCUCAGGAACUCCUCCAACGUCCUGGGGAUGAUUCGAGGAGCUGUGGAGCCUGACCGCUAUGUGCUGUAUGGAAACCACCGGGACAGCUGGGUGCAUGGGGCUGUGGACCCCAGCAGUGGCACGGCCGUCCUCCUGGAGCUCUCACGUGUGCUGGGGACCCUGCUGAAGAAGGGCACCUGGCGUCCCCGGAGAUCAAUUGUGUUUGCAAGCUGGGGGGCAGAGGAGUUUGGGCUUAUUGGCUCCACAGAAUUCACGGAGGAAUUCUUCAGUAAGCUGCAGGAGCGCACCGUGGCCUACAUCAAUGUGGACAUCUCCGUGUUUGCCAAUGCUACCUUUAGGGCACAGGGGACACCUCCUGUCCAGAGUGUCAUCUUUUCUGCAACCAAAGAGGUCCGCUCACCAGGCCCCAGUGACCUCAGCAUCUACGACAACUGGAUCAAGCACUUCAACCGCAGCAGCUCAGUGUAUGGCCUGAUCCCCAGCCUGGGCUCUCUGGGUGCCGGCAGUGAUUAUGCACCCUUCAUCCACUUCCUGGGCAUCUCCUCCAUGGACAUCGCCUACACCUAUGACAGGAGCAAGACCUCAGCUCGGAUCUACCCCACCUACCACACAGCCUUCGACACCUUUGAUUACGUGGACAAAUUUGUGGACCCUGGCUUCAGCAGUCACCAGGCUGUGGCCCGGACAGCGGGGAACGUGCUUCUGCGGCUCAGUGACAGCUUCUUCCUGCCUCUCAAUGUCAGUGACUACAGCGAGACUCUCCGCAGCUUCCUGCAGGCUGCCCAGCGGGAUCUUGGAGACCUGUUGAAGCAGCACAGCAUCAGCUUGGGGCCUCUGGUGACCGCAGUGGAGAAGUUUGAGGCAGCAGCUGCAUCCUUGGACCAACGCAAAUCAGCACUGCAGGCGGGCAGCCCUGACCCCUUGCAGGUCCGGAUGCUCAAUGACCAGCUGAUGCUCUUGGAGCGGACCUUCCUGAACCCACGCGCCUUCCCAGAGGAACGCUACUAUAGCCAUGUGCUCUGGGCACCCCGCACUGGCUCUGUGGCCACAUUCCCCGGCCUGGCCAACGCCUGCUCCAAGGCCAGCAAUACAGACCCUGGAUCUGAAGCUUGGGCUGAGGUGCAGAGACAGCUGAGCAUCGUGGUAGUGGCUGUGGAGGGUGCGGCAGCCACCCUGAGGCCUGUGGCUGACCUCUGACCUCAGCCUGCUUCAGCUCUCCCUUUAUCCUACCCCUCUCCCACCCACUUCCUGUAUCCUGGUCUUCUGUGGAAUGGGAAGGAGAGGCACACCCGGGGGACCCUCUCAAACUUAAGGCAACUGCUCAGGGACUCAGCAGUUGCUGACACCUGCGGAGUGGCAAGCCCCAGAUGAAACUGGGGAAACAGUCCCCCAGUAGCUAGGGCCUCGCCUGGUGUGCAUUCCUCUUCCUCAUUCUUAGUGUAUCUCAGCGACCUACCCCCUUAUGCUCUCUCAAAUAAAUUGGGUCUAGU